AUGGAGCAUCCAGCUCCCGAAACCCAAAAAUCCUCUCAUCCUCAUAAAUCAGAAAACAGCAAUGAUAUUAUUCCUUCUAGUUCCUGGAUGGAUUAUAUAGAAACAACUUUUCCACCUGAAGCAAGUGAGUCUGUUGAUGAUAAUCGAAUCCCAAAAGAUUAUGACUACAGGCAUCCAAUCAGAAGUGGUUCGGAUGUCUCAACAAAUUCAUCAACAUCUAGCAGCAUAAUAUCCUCGAGGCAGUCCGAAAGUUUAAGCUCCGAAGUACCGGUACUUUGCUCAAGUUCUGCUUCCGACAUAAAAUCCCAAGAUGAUGAGGCCACUGAUGGGCAUGAAAGUAUCUUACCAACUGGAAGCAAUGCAGGAAUUGACUUUAUGACCUCUUUGAUGGAGCAAUACCAGAAAUCCGAGGAUCAUUCAAUCACGCAUGUUCCCAUUAGUGGAUCACAUUCUACUCAAAAUACACGUUUUUCUCAUCAUGGCCCUAUCGACUCUACACAAAAUAGUUUAGCAUCAUUCUCCGUGAUAAAUCCGAAGACAUUCAAAUCUUCAAUUGUUCUACGCUCAACAAAAAAGAGGGCAGUUUCUCAUCAACGGAAAGCACAUAGUAAAAUUGAACGCAAGUAUCGCAUAAAUAUAAACUCUAAGAUAGCCAGGCUUCAGAAGCUUGUUCCUUGGAUGUGCGACGACGAUAUUUCGUUUCAGAUCUCUCCGGAUGGAAACAUAAAGCCCCCACGUCUAAAACAAGAGGUGAGAAAGUUAAACAAGUCUAUGAUUCUUGAUAUUGUUACGAGAUACAUUAUACAUUUGAAGGAAGAGAAUCGAAUUCUUCGCUCAAAGGUAACGACUUAUGAAUCAAAUGCAAUAAUCUAA